CUAAACCACCUUCGCGCGCUCGAUCGGUCUGUGAAGCGUUUAAUAUAAGUUCACGGCAGUCAAAGUUAGGCUUUUUGUGAAUAAACAGGGCGCUCCUGCAGUAGGUGGCUGUACGCGCACACUGAUCCGGCGCGCGCUGAACGCUCCUUCACCGUCCUGUCAAUAAAGCACUCCACGAGCCGAGCGGAACUCAUUACGGGCAGAUCUGCGCGUUUAUUUAAUCCACAUUCCCCUCAGUUAGCGAUCGCGCGUCUUGAUUCGGAUUGUUGAAGCCGCGCGCCGGAGGGACACUUGGAGAGACUUUGCUCGCGAUCGUGCUACCGGACACCUGCGCGUCCGCUUCACCUCGUGCCACAGUGUUGCUCUGAUCCACAGUUUCUUUUUCAUGCAGAGUGGAUUUUUUGGGUCUCGAUCGUGCCGUGGGUCCGUGUGUGUAUGAGUGAGUGUGUGUGUGCGCGCGUGCGUGCGCGCGUGUGUGUGUGUUUCUGAAGCUCAGACACGCUCCUCCUGAUCGGGUGUUUUCUCAUUGCGAUCUGUUUCCAUGUUUUUAGGUUUAUGUGAUUUUCUAAAAAUGCAUCAUCACCAUCAUCAUCACCAUAAUCAUCAAAGAAUGGCCGCGUUAGGGACGGAUAAAGAACUCAGCGAUUUGCUGGAUUUCAGCGCGAUGCGAAACAGCGAUUUGAAAAUGUUCCCCACAUCAAUGAUGUUUUCCCCUCCUGUCAGCAGCGGGAAGAACGGACCGACGUCUCUGGGAAGCGGACAUUUCUCUGGCUCAAAUCUGGAAGACAGAGCGAGUUCGUCGUGGGGGAAUGGAGUUCGUGCAACAAAGAAUUACGCUGCCGGCUCUCAGUACGGUCACAUGGCCAGUCGGGACCUGGGGUCACAUGACAGCAUCUCUCCGCCGUACACCUUGCGAGCGAACGGUAAAACGGAGCGAGCAUCAUAUUCUUACGGACGGGACUCCAGCAUUCACGGCUGUCAGUCGAGUCUCAUGGGAGGCGAGGUGGGGAUGGUCAGUCCGGAGACGGUGUCUCCCACCAAACUGGGCUCACAGUAUUACCAGCAUUACGCAGGAAACCCACGCCGACGAGCCCUUCACAGCGACCCCAUGGAAGUCCAGACGAAAAAGGUUCGGAAAGUUCCUCCCGGAUUGCCCUCAUCGGUAUACGCCCCGUCUGCCAGCACUGCCGAUUAUAACCGGGACUCACCGGGUUACCCGUCCUCUAAAGCACCGGGCAGCAACUUUCCCAGUUCCUUCUUUAUGCCAGACGGUCACCACAGUACAGACCCAUGGAGCUCGUCCGGCAGUAUGAACCAGCCCGGAUACAACAGCAUGCUGGGAAACUCCACACACAGCGCUCAGAGCAGCAGCUACUGCGGCCUGCAUCCACACGACAGACUCAGUUACCCGUCACACUCGUCAGCUGAGAUUAACCCCAGUCUUCCUCCCAUGUCCAGUUUCCAUCGCAGCGGUGGGACGAAUCACUACAGCACGGCGUCCUGCUCCGCCACCACUAACGGGACAGACAGCGUCAUGGCGAAUCGAGCGCCGAGCGGAGCGGGAAGCAGCUCACAGACGGGAGACGCGUUAGGAAAGGCUCUGGCUUCAAUCUAUUCUCCCGAUCACACCAAUAACAGCUUCUCAUCCAACCCAUCCACUCCUGUGGGAUCUCCUCCCUCGCUCACAGCUGCCAGUACAGCCGUCUGGUCCAGAAACGGUCAGGGAGCCUCGUCCCCGAGUUACGAGCCGCCGCUGCACUCGCUGCAGAGUCGUAUCGAGGACAGGCUGGAGCGGCUGGACGAUGCCAUCCACGUGUUGCGCAGUCAUGCGGUCGGUCCGUCCACAGCGAUGCCCGGCGCUCACGCAGACAUGCACGGAUUGAUCACUCCGUCUCACUCUCACAACGGAGCCAUGGGCGGCCUGAGCGCCGGAUACAGCACCGGACUGCUGCCCUCCAACAGACACUCGCUCAUGGUGGGCGGCCAUCGCGAGGACUCUGUGGGUUUGAGGAGCGGUCACUCCAUCGUGGCCAAUCAGGUGUCAGUACCUCAGCUUCCUGUGCAGUCGGCCACUUCCCCCGACCUCAGCCAGCCCGAUCCGUACAGGGCUCUCUCCGGAGGUCUGCAGGGUCAGAGCACCUCGUCCGUGAGCUCCGAGAUCAAAUCUGAAGACGAGGGAGACGAAAACCUGCAGGACGGAAAAUCUCUGGAUAGCAAGAAGGAGGACGUGGACGGCAAGGAUCUGAAAGCUAUAGAGAGCAACAACGACGACGAGGAUCUGACCCCGGAGCAGAAGCUGGAGCGGGAGAAGGAGCGGCGCAUGGCUAAUAAUGCGCGGGAGCGUCUGCGUGUGCGCGACAUUAACGAGGCCUUCAAAGAGCUGGGCCGCAUGGUGCAGCUGCACCUGAAGAGCGAUAAACCCCAGACCAAGCUGCUCAUCCUGCACCAAGCCGUCGCCGUCAUCCUCAGCCUGGAGCAGCAGGUCCGAGAGCGCAAUCUCAACCCAAAGGCGGCGUGUCUGAAGAGGCGGGAAGAGGAGAAGGUGUCUUCGGACGGUGCUCCUCUCUCAUUGGCCGGCGGUCACCACAGCAUGGGCGAGGCGUCCAAUCCCAUGGGACAAAUGUAAAGAGCCACACCCCCGUAUAUGAUCAAAGCUGCCAGAAUUCAUUAAAAUGAUGAGCGAUCACUUCCUUUGACAGCAUCAUUUCUGCCCCUGAACGUCCGUCAAACAAUCACUAAACCAAUCGAACGAACUUCCAUCCAAACCGACCACCUCCUGCGUGUUCCCGUUCCUGACCGCGUCUGUGAGGAUUUAUCCUGUACAUUAGGGAGCCGCGUGGGAUCCGUUGUGCAUAUCUUCCUCCGAGCAUUCCCUGUUGCAAAACAAGACGUUUUUAUGUGCGAACACUCAAUUAAAAAGAGCGACGGGCGAUUCUUCAAACAUAUCAUGAUGUUGUGGAGGUGUCUGAUUUCAAUGGCAAUCCUGUCCACACUGUGGAACUUUCGUAGCUGUGCCUCGCGGAAAUCCUUACGGAAAAGCGAAAGAAGAGAAUUAGGAAAUUCCCAAUCAGUCGGGACGAGAGGAGCUGUCAAUCAAACGACCCAGAUGGGAUUCGGCUGCAGAAUUUGACAAAACCCUUCAAACCUUCGCAAUAAUGUUGUUUUAGUUCUUUUGAAACCAGCAGAUCCCGACAGUGAACAUUCAGAGGCCGUUCUGGAAUUGGUUUUUGGGCUCGUUUUACGAACUUUUGCUCCGGUCGAUCGUCUAAGAGCCGAUCACCUAUGGAAGGUCAUUUCUCUCCGUUUAUUCGUUUGUUUCUAGCCAUCGACUCUCCUGAAGCCCUCCCGGACCCCGAAGAUGCAAUUUUAACAUGUCGAAACUUCAACCAACGUGCCUUUUAGAGCUCAUAUCAUCACACAACUGGAGGAGAACAUUAUCUAGGAUGCAAGCGUAUAGGAAGUGUUAGUCAUUAGGUCUAUGCAGUCAGGUUUUUUACGACCUGGAGUUUAAAAAAAAAAAGUGAAAAGGUAAAAAAAGUAUUUUUUUGGAUAAACUGUAUUUAAUGUACUGUAUGGCUAUAUGUAAUUAGGAGGUGUGUCCAUCCCAGUGUGGCUCCGCCCACAGCCCCGCCCACCUGUCUCCGUCGUUAUUGAUCAUUGUAUUAUAGAUAUCCGCUUUUACGAAUACAGGCUUGUUGUUGAGCCGCUGUAGUACAAAUGUGUGGUUGUACAUGUAAAAAUGGCUUUCUCUCUUUUUUUAUCUCUCUAUUCUUCGUCUGUACUGGUUUCUCUGUCAGAAAAUGGAAAAAAAAUGGACGGGAGACACUGAAAGUGGACACAAAUCUAUUAGAAAAUCGAUAUAUAUAUAAAUGUAUAAAUAUAUACAGUAUAUAAAGAGACGGAAAAGAGUUCACGGGGGAUCGAUUUUUCAUUCUGUAAAGUCGAGCGGAGACGUCCCGAACGCCGUCCGCUCUGAGAGACGUGACUCUAUUUUUCAUAACGUCACCGGGACCCUCGUCGAUGCUCUCGUCAAACUCGGCGAAAGGGAAACACACGGACAUUUGUAAAUUGUAUGCAACAAAUGCAAACGUACCAUUAUUUUGAAACUGUUGAUGUAAAAGUUAUAUUUUUACAUGUAGGCUGUUGUUAUUUUGUGUUUAGAAAUGCGUUGUAUCAGUUUUUUUUUUUUUUUUUUUAAAUACUUCAUUGUGUGUUGAAAUGUGUCGCAUUGAAAAUAUAGUGAGAACAAAAGCAAAAAAAAAAGGUAUGUUUAUAUUUGCGGGAACAUUUUUCUUUUAUAUAAAGGUGGGUGGUGGGGGUCGGGAAUCAAAGCUAUAUGAUUACUCUCUCAUCCUCUUUCAUCAUUACAUUGUCAUUUUUAAUUGAGUAUUUUUUGUGUAAAUAGACGCAGGGUUGACGAUCUGCUGUUGAUCAUGUGGCCUGAUGAGGAGGUGAUCGAUUAGCAUUAACGUGUGUCAACAAUCAGACCUUACUUUACAUUCUCACUUUUGUAAAGAGACAUCGAUUCGUCUCGGAUGUGCUGCGCAUUUGCCACCGGCCCUUAUACUCAACAUAAUAUUUUGGCCUAAAUUUUAUAUUUAACUCAUGAAUUGCAUUUAAAAUGCAUAUACGAACUAAUAAACUUAAUGUGAUGCAUAUUUGUCAGUCAUUCAUAAAUGGAACUAAACGGUUUAUAAAAUGAUCAUAAGUCAAUUCAAUUUGUUUCAUUCUCAUGCAUUUUAACUAACUGAAUCUUAUGGAAACCCGUCUCCACCACAGAAUAAAAUAUAAACGUAAUUGCGACAUUCUAUCACAGAAUUUAGAAUUUUUUU